AAAUUGUUUAACCAUAUAUGCCCCUUUCACCUUUGGCAGUAAAAUUCAAUUGAGAAACCAUCAGGUAUGUUGGUUUAUAGGUCUCCUUGAUUAUAGGUGUUUUGGUUUAUUAAUUGACGGGAUUCUAAUUUAUUUUGUGAACACCAGAAUCAUCGAAAUGCUACCUGGCCAAACUUUGUUCGAAGAGGUGCUAUCAUGGUCAGUUCACGACAUUUUGAAGCAGCAACGGGCCCCUUUUAAGGUGGAGACGAUUCCCAAUGAAUUUGAAAACCUUCUGGUCUAUACAAAGGCAUUUCGUUAUCCAACAAUAGAAGAGAUUUGGAAUCAAAUCUGCUCUGGCAUGGAUACCAUAUCCAUAGGCCUAAAUGUUGGCCUAGAUGUUGAGAAACUCAAGAACAGCAGCAGGCCAAAUAAAUACGAAGUCAAGCUCAUUUUGGGAAAGGUAAUGAAAAAGGAUAUGCCAAAAAGAGGAGAUAUCAUGUUAUUGUCAAAGAGGGGAUUGAACUCAAGCGACCAAAUUAUCAAGGCUGGCUCCUUUUGCACUAUCCUAGUGGUUACCUUGGUCAACGACCAUGUAGAGGACUAUCCAGCAUCAAUGCAUGUCUGGCUGUCGCAGUCACCAUAUGGGGGCAGUCCAAAUGACCAAACUUCCUACCAAGUUAUGCACCUGACUAAUCUGAUCACUUUUGCACAUAGUUGGGAAGUCAUUACAGGAGGUUUCAAAGAAAAUCCACAUAUAGUCGAUGCCAUGUUGGCUAGAAAUGAGAAUGUGGACAAUAUGCUGCAGGCUGAUGGAAAAUUCACAGAUAAGGAUUUUGGAUUGAAUAAAUCACAGAGAGAUGCAGUGGAAAGUUGCUUUUCAGCCUCUGAAUGUUCAAAGCAUUCUGUACGUCUAAUUUGGGGGCCACCUAGCACAGGUAAAACUAAAACAGCUUUAGUGUUUCUGCUUAUGAUUCUAAAGUCUCUAAGGACACAUAGAACUCUUGUAUGUGCUCCAACCAACACAGCUCUCGUACAAUUGGCUUCUCGUUUUGUUUGUCUACUUGAAGAGUCCACUGAAACCAGCUAUUUACUUGUUGACGUCAUUAUGUUUGGGAGUAAUAAGCAUAUGGACACUAAUAAUAACCUAUCAAAAAUUUUAUUGGACCAUCGAGCAAAGGAAAAACAUGCUAGGAACAAACUCUUGGAAAAUGCAAAACUUGUAUUUUGCACUCCUUGUGGUUCAUCUAGGCUCACAAAAAAUCAGCAAUACGACACCUUGGUUAUUGAUGAGGCAGCAUACCUAAAAGAAUGUGAGUCGCUGAUCCCUCUCGCAAUUCGUGGGAUAAAACAUGUGGUGCUUAUUGGGGAUGACAAGCAGCUACAACCAGUGGUUAAGAUCCCGGUAUGUCUUCACUAUAAAACCAUUUGA